AGGGUAGCCUACCAUAAUAUUUUGACACCUGUUCAGUGGCUGUUCACACCUGAUAUCCUUGAGCAACAGAAGCUUGCUGUACUGCAAGGCACUUAGUUUGACAGAAGCAUAUUUGAAUGAUCAAUUAUCUAAAAACCUGAAUGCUGCAUGGUGUUAAUCUGAAGUGUGCUCCACCGGCUCUCUCGUGAUCUCAUUAGAUCGCACACACACGCGCUUGUUCGGAUUACUCUUCGUGUGCGGAUUAUGGACAGGAACAGCAGACAUGACUUUGGACGUGCCUUCUGCGAUGUGGCUUUUUUCCGCGUUACGGCGUAACGAUUUAGUUCAGCCUGAAAUAUCUUGACCUGUUUUCUUGCACCUGACUGCCUUCUCCGCAUCAUCUGGCAUCAUGGCUGACAUACCCCAACUGAUUAAAGUCGGCGUCUCGCUGAAAACCACUCCGAAUAACGGACCAGUCUACUUCAAAUCGGACGGGACGAGAUUCGGUCAGACCCGAACCAUCAAACUACUGACGGGAACUAAAUAUAAGAUCGACGUGAUCGUUAAACCGGGAGCGGUGGAGGCGACAUCCAUGACUAUCGGCGGAGUGUCUUUUCCGCUGGAGCAGCAGUCUAAAGACCCUCAGUCCGUAGUGUACACUGGGAUGUAUGACACUGAGGGGGUAACACACACCAAAAGCGGCGAGAGGCAACCUGUUCAGGUCAACAUACAGUUCACUCAGGCAGGGCUUUUCGAGACCGUCUGGCAGGUCAAGUUCUACAACUACAACAAGAGAGACCACUGUCAAUGGGGGAACAGCUUCAACAGCAUCGAGUACGAGUGUAAACCCAACGACACACGCACCCUCAUGUGGAUCAAUAAAGAACUGUUUCUGUAAAAGAGUCUGUGGUUAAACGAGAGGGAAGACGAUCUUAAUCUGAGCUAAACGACACACCGUCGUUCUCACUGAAAUAUGAAUAGAGAUGUAGUAGCCUUUCCUGUUAGUGAUGAUUUGUGAUGGAGUGUGAGUUCUGUUGGAUUUGUCUUGGUGCUGCUGGAAAAUCAAAGCAAUGUGUCUGAUGCAAAAUAGGAGCACUUUACCCUGUUUUUUGUAGUGUUGUCUCUUUUGCAGUUUUCCCUCCAGUUGUCUACCUCAGAAGGACCCAGUGAUAUAUUUACAGUUUACAGAUUUUAUAUAGAUUACAUGUUAGAAUUGUUAGCAUGCCACCGUUUGUUAAUCCAAGUAAAUGUAGCAUUUUUGCAGUAAAAUUGAGCCAAUUAAUACAUUUAUAGUGUCUUUUUAUGAGUGUUUUGUAAUGGUGCAUUGUGAUUAAUGUGCAAUAAUUGUAAGUUGGUUGUAUUUUUCCAUAUUUUUUCAUUUUUUCAAAAUGGUAGCCUAAUGUUCCUUAAAAGAAGAAUAAAAUGUACCAAAAAUG